ACCGAGGCCCACCUUCCCACUGCCCGCAGCGAGCUCUCAUUGGCAGGUUCGAGUUAGGUCACUUUUCCGGUUCGAUUUCUCGCAGACAAUUCGGAAACGCUCCGUGAUCGAGACAGACAGAGAGCGGGAUCGCGCGACCUCGAAGAACAAGAAGAAGAAAAAACCACAUCCGACAAGCACACACUCCCCCCUCUCCCUCUAUCCCACCCUCGCCGCCAUGCUAUCCCGACAGGCGCUCCGCUCGAUCCGGGCCGCCGCCCCCCAGCGGGUGCUUGCUCGGGCUCCCAUACGCUCCUACGCUGCCGCCGCCCAAGACGUCAAGCCCCCGGUCGCUGUCUUCGGUCUCGACGGCACCUACGCCACCGCUCUGUACACGGCGGCCGCGAAGUCGUCCUCGCUAGAGCCGACGGCGCGCGCCCUCACCACGCUGGGCCAGCUGUGCGCCAAGGAUGCGAAGCUCGUCGCCAUCCUCAGCACCCCGACGCUGACCGACGGCGACAAGAGCGCCAUCGUCACUGAGCUGCAGAAGAACAUUGGUCCCGCCGCCAACGACACUGUCAAGAACUUCCUCGCCACCCUCGCCGCCAACAACCGUCUCGGAAUACUCCAGGGUGUCUGCGAGAAGUUCGGCGAGAUCAUGAGGGCGUCUCGUGGCGAGGUCGAGCUGGUCGUCACCAGCGCCCAGCAACUAGACGGCAAGAUCCUGUCGCGCCUAGAAAACGCCGUUUCCAAGUCGCCGUACGUCGGCCAGGGCAAGAAGCUGAAGGUCACCAACCAGGUCAACCCCGAUAUUAUCGGUGGUUUGGUCGUGGAGAUCGGCGACCGAACAAUCGACCUCUCCGUCUCCUCCAAGAUCGCCAAGAUGAACAAGCUCCUGACCGACACUCUGUAAAAACUAUGAACCCUAACUUUGUCUGCCCCCUCCGCUUGCUUGGAGCGUAGAGCGUGGUCCCUACCUGAAAUACUGGGAGCGCAGGUCGACUUGGGAGGCACCGAGGGAGAUGAGCCGCGGCUCCAUCCAGAUGGGGGGGUCAGUUCGACGUCGCCCCAGAGAUAUAUCAUCGUGUGUAUAAGCCCGUAGAAUAGAGGAAGAGGCAUUCGUCCCACAAAACCUCCCCACCUGUCCAUCCGUCUACUCGUAGUAUCGCCGCCAAUCAAAGAGAAUUGGCCGUCUA